AAUCUUUCGGGAGGCAAAGCAACGAAUGGUAACGAUGAAAUAAAUAAAGAUGUAUUAAAUUUAAUAACAGUUGGUUUACUUGGCGGAUAUGCAAUACGAAAAAUAAAGGCGUACAAUGAUAGAAUUUUUUUGUCGAGAUAUCGUCGAAGCUAUUGGUUAGGAACGCGAUAUUUCUUUAUGGAUAAUCUUUACUAUUUAAAAACGAGAGACACUUGCAUCUUUUACUUGAACACCACUGAACGAGAGAAUCUGGAAUAUGAAGAUGGACUCCCCAUUGAUGCUGUCGUUUAUCAGUAA